AUGAGCGGUUUCAAUCUCAGAAAGAGGGCUCGACGUGUCUGCUACUGUGAGCCAGAGGAGCCACCCUUCGAUGAGUUCAUUUACUGCUCUGAGUGCCGGGACUAUGUGUAUGAGUACUGUGCAAUACACGGCCCGUUGCUAGUUAUACCCGAUGACAAGGUGCCCGCCGAGACGGGGCUCCCCGCGUUCGUGCCGCGCGCCGCGCUCACCGUCCCAAGAAUCUUCCUGCAUCUUGCCUACUCGAACAUACCAGGGGCGGGGAUAGGCGUGUUCAGCACGCUGACGCUGCCCAGCGGCGUGCGCUUCGGGCCCUACCGCGGCCGCCGCCUCAAGGCCUCGCUCCACUCCGGCUACGAGUGGCAGGUGUACGACCGCAACAACAAGCCUUGCCACGUGGUGGACGCGAGCGACGGCGACCGCUCCAACUGGAUGCGCUACGUGAACUGCUCGCGGCGCUCCUCCGAGCAGAACCUGCUCGCCUUCCAGUACCAGGGCGAGCUCUACUACAGGACGGUGAAGAUCGUGCCGCGCUUCACGGAGCUGCUGGUGUUCUGCGGCAGCGAGUUCGCCGCCCGGCUCGGCGUCGACCUGCGCCGCUACACCAAGCCCUGCCACUGCAAACACUGUAAAGCUCAACUUGGUACCAAAAACGUACCAGAGAAAAUAAACAAAGAAGAAACGCGUAAUGAAAAGAAGAUAGAAACAGAAAUGAAGUAUGUUAGUUCAGGUCAAGCCAAACUUGUCACUGAAACAGAACCUGCAAAAACGAACAAACGUAAAACGCGCAAUGAAAAGAAGAAAGAAACAGAAAUUAAGGAUGUUAGUUCAGGCCAAGCUACACUUGUCACCAACAAAGAACUUCCGAAAACUAACAAACGUAAAAUGCGUAAUGACGAUAAGAACGAAACACAGGUAAAAGAGAGUGUCACAACAGGUAGUAAAGUCGAAACGCUACAGGAGCCUUCUUCGUCUCAAGCGGAAUCACCAAUAAACAUGGAUGUACAAGAGAUUCCGACUACAAGACCUGCUGCUGAUGGAUCUAACACAACGGUAUCGAAUGCGAAUAACUACAAAUGUGACCAGUGUGGCAAAACAUUCGAUGGAAAGUCACACUUAGAGAAACACCUACAUUCUCACAUUGCACUGACAAAGGCUAAAACCAGCAGAGGGAAGGAAUUCACGUGUAAUAAAUGCAGUAGCACAUUUGAUACUCGGCUGCUUCUACUGGAGCAUGCGAAGAGCCGGCAUGGCGUGGAGUACUUCACUUGCUCUGCAUGUGAGUAUGCAACUAGUAAGGAAGGAUAUCUACAGACACAUCUGAGGACUCAUACUGGCGUGCGGCCAUUCAAAUGUGAUCAAUGUAGCGCGGCCUUUACCCGAAGCGCUCACUUACAAAAACAUAAGAGAACACACACAGGUGAGAAACCGUUCAAGUGCGGUCAGUGUAGCGCAGCCUUUACCGAAAGCGGUGCUUUACAAAGGCACAAAAGAACACACACAGGUGAGAAACCGUUCAAGUGCGGUCAGUGUAGCGCGGCCUUUACCCGAAGCAGUAAUUUACAAGCUCACAAGAGAACACACACAGGUGAGAAACCGUUCAAGUGCGGUCAGUGUAGCGCAGCCUUUACCGAAAGCGGUCAUUUACAAAGGCACAAUAGAACACACACAGGUGAGAAACCGUUCAAGUGCGGUCAGUGUACUGCCGCCUUUAUCAAAAGCGGUAAUUUACAAAGUCACGAGAGAACGCAUACUGGCCAGAAACCCUUUGAGUGCAAUAUCUGUGACUACAGGGCUACUCAGUCAAGUAAUCUAAAGAGACAUCUAAUGGGCCGGCACUCGGGCCUAAAGCCGUACGGCUGCGAGUCGUGCACUUACAGGGGUGCUACUAGAGGUCAAUUAACACGGCAUAUGAAAACCCACCAGAAGCCAGCUUAG